CUUCAGAUGCCAUUGACAGCCAGGCAGCUGUUAGUGGAGCAGAAUCCAGAUUAUCCUUCUCUUGUGCCACCUGGAUACAGGGCUUCUCCUUGCAGGCAUCAUCAUUUACCUUGGGUGCCUUGGCUUCAGACUCAAAGCAUCCAUUGCACUGGAGUCUGUGGGAGCAACACCCAUUUCCCUCCUUGGUCUUUCUGCUGCCCACUACAGCAUCACAGUACAUCUCCAAUGAGUUCAACAUGGGCAGAGGAUACUUUGGUACCAAGAGUCAGCCCAUCAAAAGAGGAAGCGAGCAAGAAGUUAGAAGACCAACCUUCGAAAGGCAGACCUCCCACUUUGGAAAAUGAUAAGGAUGCCAAAGGAGAUAGAAGCAAACUAAAGAAGGAAACAAAUGUAGCAGACGCAAAAUCUUGGGAAGAAGUCAAAGUUUCAGAACCCAGCGAGGACCAGAAAGGGAUGGAUUCAGAAGAUACAAGAAACAAUGCUGGUACCAUGGUUGAUAUAGUGACCAAUGCAGGUUUUUUGCAGCCCAACGUAAGUGGAUCUUCAACCCAGCUUUCCCAAAGAAAUACUUCUCAGAAAACUUACUUGGCAAACAAUUCCAAACUUCAGGCAAAGCUUGACUGGGUGAACAAGUCACUGAAGAAAGAUCGUGUAGCUAUUGAAUCUGUUUUACACAUGAGAAGGAGCUACAGUGCACCACCAUCUGGACAGAAAUUGCUGGAGAAGGGAACCUCUAGGGAUGGUCCCAGAGAAGUGGAUGCCAACCCAGCUAAGAUAGACUUCAAACGGCAGAAGUGGGAGCAGAGACAGCUUAGGAAAGAGGAGCAGCAACAAGAAAUCCAUCUCAAAAGGGAGAUGCGGCUUGAAAACAAGAGGCACUUCUGAGGAAUAGAAAAGAAGUCAUGCAAAAGAAGGCAGAAAUUGCCCUGAAGGAACAGGAUGCAGAAAGUAAGAAGAAGGAAGCUGUCAAAUGCCAGUUGUCUCACAAGCGAGCGCAGGUUUUACAGAAUAAAGAAAAGGAGAUGCAGAUUCAGAAAGGACUCCUACAGUAUCUCAGGGAACAUGACCUCUUAUUGCUCCGUGCAUCUAUGCUACCAUAGAAUAAACCAAUUUCUGCAACCAAGGUACUAAAAGUGUUUACAGACAAUACAUUGGGAAAUGGUUCCUCUGCCUCUGAAGCAGAGCACUUACUGUACUUGAGAACUGGAGAUGAUGUAGCAAAUGAUCAUUGCUUAUCAGCCCUAAUUUCAUUUUCUGUUUCAUUUUAGUUAUCUUCUUUUUCUCCUGAUUUUCAUAUUUUAUUUCAAUUUUGCUUCAGCUUAUUUCUUGAGAAACUACAAAACUUCCUGGUCUUUCCAAUAUUACCUGAAGCAUCUUUGAAAUACAAAUUUAGGAAGUUGUCAAGCCCUGACAGGCUUGCCAUACCUGUGGGGUGGGGAGGACAGGAUGGAAUGCAAACCAGCUGCGGGAACGGCAGAGGACAUCCCGGUUGCUGCCAUGCCGUGGCUGACAGUGUGCUCAUCCUCACCUGCCUGGACUUCAGCUGACUGGUUGCCAAUUACAUGGUGGCCGGAACAGCUGAUCGGCGGAGCUCACAGCAAGGGAGAUCACUGUUUCUGAGUUUUCUUGGGUGGGAUAUAGACAUUUGAGAUGGAAUAGCACCAUUCUCUUGAAAUUUAGUCUUGUCCACAGACGUAUCCAAAUAUAAAAACAAAUCUUUCAGAUUUAUUUGACCAGAUUUAUUUGCUGUCAAUAUAGUUAAGGUGUUUUCCCCUUUUCAAAAUUCUUUGGGAAGAAUGAUCAAUCAUAUAUUACCUGAGAGACUGCCUCCUGCCGAUUACCUCCCUCAGACCGAUA